AUGAACGACAUCGUCUACGAGAAGGUCAUGGAGCACGCCGGGAAGAACCAGGUCCUGGUGUUUGUCCACUCCAGGAAGGAAACUGGCAAAACCGCUCGCGCCAUUCGCGACAUGUGCCUGGAGAAAGAUACGUUGGGAAGCUUCCUGCGGGAAGGUUCAGCCAGUAUGGAAGUCUUGCGAUCGGAAGCUGAGCAGGUCAAGAACGCCGAACUCAAAGAUUUGCUCCCGUAUGGCUUCGCCAUCCAUCAUGCCGGUAUGACUCGCGUGGACAGAACCCUGGUCGAAGAUCUGUUCGCCGAUCGUCACAUUCAGGUCCUGGUGUCCACCGCAACCCUAGCUUGGGGUGUCAACUUGCCUGCUCACACCGUCAUCAUCAAGGGAACCCAGAUCUACAACCCGGAGAAGGGCCGCUGGGUCGAACUGAGCGCUCUGGACGUGCUGCAGAUGCUUGGUCGAGCCGGUCGUCCCCAGUACGAUACCAAGGGCGAAGGCAUCCUGAUCACCAACCACAGCGAACUCCAGUACUAUCUUUCCCUGCUGAAUCAGCAGCUCCCGAUCGAGUCCCAACUCGUGUCCAAGAUGCCCGACAUGCUCAACGCCGAGAUAGUCCUCGGAACCAUCCAGAACGUCAAGGACGCAGUCACCUGGCUCGGGUACACCUAUCUCUACAUCCGCAUGCUGCGUCAACCAACUCUCUACGGCGUCUCCUAUGACGCGAUCAAGGAAGAUCCCCUUCUGGAACACUUCCGUGCCGAUUUGGUCCACACCGCAGCCCUGCACCUGGAGAAGAGCGGUUUGAUCAAGUACGAUCGCAAGAGCGGACACUUCCAGGUCACCGAAAUCGGACGCAUUGCGUCCCAUUACUAUUGUACCCACGACACCAUGCUAACCUACAACCAACUACUCAAACCGACCCUCAGCGAGAUCGAGCUCUUCCGGGUGUUCUCCCUGUCCGGCGAGUUCCGCAACAUCACCGUUCGCGAAGAGGAAAAGCUCGAACUCCAGAAGCUGAUGGAGCGCGUCCCUAUCCCGAUCAAGGAAAGCAUGGAGGAGCCCAGCGCCAAGGUCAACGUCCUCCUGCAAGCCUACAUCUCCCAACUCAAGCUGGAAGGAUUCGCCCUGAUGGCCGACAUGGUCUACGUGACCCAAUCCGCGGCGCGUCUUCUCCGUGCGAUCUUCGAGAUCGUCCUCCACCGCGAAUGGGCCCAACUCGCGGACAAAUGUCUCACCCUGUGCAAGAUGAUAGACCGCCGCAUGUGGCAAAGUAUGUCUCCGCUGCGCCAGUUCCGCAAAAUGCCCGAAGAGAUCGUCAAGAAGAUCGAGAAGAAGAACUUCCCCUGGGAGCGGCUGUACGAUCUGGAGGCGAACGAGAUCGGUGAACUGAUCCGCGUCCCCAAACUGGGCAAAACCAUCUACAAGUACGUGCACCAGUUCCCCAAGCUGGAACUGUCCACCCACAUCCAACCGAUCACGCGAUCUACUCUGCGGGUUGAGCUCACGAUCACCCCGGACUUCCAGUGGGACGAAAAAAUCCACGGCCAAUCGGAAGCCUUCUGGAUCCUGGUCGAAGACGUCGAUUCGGAAGUGAUCCUCCAUCACGAGUACUUCCUUCUGAAGGCCAAGUACUGCCAGGACGAUCACCUGGUGAAGUUCUUCGUCCCGGUUUUUGAACCACUCCCGCCGCAGUACUUCCUGAGAAUCGUGUCCGAUCGUUGGAUCGGCGCCGAAACACAACUCCCCGUCUCAUUCCGUCAUCUGAUCCUGCCGGAGAAGAACCUCCCGCCCACGGAGCUACUUGAUCUGCAGCCCCUUCCGAUCAGUGCCCUUCGGGAGCCAAACUUCGAGGCGUUGUACGCGGACAAGUUCCCGCAGUUCAACCCGAUCCAAACGCAGGUCUUCAACGCGGUCUACAACAGCGAGGACAACGUUUUUGUGGGCGCCCCAACCGGAUCCGGUAAAACCACGAUCGCGGAAUUUGCCGUUCUGAGAAUGCUGCAGCAGAACCCGCAUGGUCGGGUCGUCUACCUGGUGUCGAGGGACAGUUUGGCCGAGUUGAUUUUCAUGGAUUGGCACCAGAAGUUCGGGCAGCAUUUGGGCUGCAAGGUUGUUAAGUUGACCGGUGAAACCGGAACGGACUUGAAGCUGAUCGCCAAGGGACAGAUCAUCGUUACGACUGCGGACAAGUGGGACAUCCUGUCGCGUCGUUGGAAGCAGAGGAAGAACGUCCAGAAUAUCCAGCUGUUCAUCGUCGACGAGCUGCAGUUGAUCGGCGGGGAGGAAGAUCCGUAUUAUCGCGCUCUCAGCUUCUCUCUCGGACGCGAGGGACGUCGCCCAAUGGUUGGGAUGCAACGCGAACGCUACCUUCAAUUUCCAUCCGAGCGUUCGUCCGAUCCCAUUGGAGUUACACGUCCAGGAUUCAACAUUACUCACAACGCUUCGAGAGUGGCAGCCAUGUCCAAGCCCGUCUACAACGCGAUCACAAAGUUCAGCCCGCACAAGCCAGUGAUCGUGUUCGUUUCUUCUCGCAAGCUAGCGCGCCUGACGGCGAUCGACAUUUUGACGUACUGCGCGGCUGAGGCUCAACCAAACCGGUUCUUCCACGCCGAAGAGGACGACAUCAAGCCGUUCUUGGACCGUAUGACCGACAAGACCCUGAAAGAAACUCUCUCACAAGGCGUUGCCUAUAUCCACGAAGGCUUGACGCCGUCCGAUCACCGAAUUGUGGAACAGCUGUUCGACUCCGGAGCGGUCCAGAUCGCCGUUGUCACCCGGGAUCUCUGCUGGGGCUUGAACAUCUCCGCAUAUCUCGUGGUGAUCAUGGACACUCAGUUCUACAACGGCAAGAGCCAUUCCUACGACGACUACCCAGUCACGGACGUCAUGCAGAUGGUCGGCCGGGCCAAUCGCCCUCUGGAAGACGACGACGCCAAGUGCGUCCUGAUGUGCCAGAGCUCCAAGAAGGACUUCUUCAAGAAGUUCCUCAACGAAAGCCUCCCGGUCGAGAGCCACCUCGAUCACCGUCUGCACGAUCACUUUAACGCGGAAAUUGUCACAAAAACCAUCGAGAAUAAGCAGGACGCCGUAGAUUACCUCACCUGGACGUUCCUUUACCGUCGGCUGACCCAGAAUCCCAACUACUACAACCUUCAGGGCGUGACCCAUCGGCAUCUGUCCGAUCACCUCUCGGAACUGGUCGAGAGCACCCUGUCCGACCUGGAACAAUCCAAGUGCAUCAGCGUCGAAGACGAAAUGGACACGCUACCGCUGAACCUGGGAAUGAUCGCCGCGUACUACUACAUCAACUACACCACCAUCGAGCUGUUCAGCUUGUCGUUGAACAGCAAAACGAAGAUCCGAGGCCUGCUGGAGAUCAUUUCGUCGGCGGCAGAGUACGAGGACGUCGUGGUGCGACACCACGAGGACAACAUUCUGAAGAGUUUGGCCCAGAGGUUGCCGAACAAGCUGACCGGACCGAAUGGAACGGCUCCCAAAUACAACGACCCCCAUAUCAAGACCAACCUGCUGCUUCAGGCCCCACCUCUCCCGUUCUACAACUGGGUGCCGAACUGCAAGGCGACACCGAGCAAAGUCUCGGCAAAGCCAUUCGUCUCAUCCAGGCCUGUGUCGACGUCCUAUCCUCGAACGGAUGGCUUUCGCCGGCCUUGCCCGCACUUCAACGCGGACAUCAUCAAGCGCUGCCAGGAGAAGAACAUCGAGACGGUGUUCGACAUCAAUGGAGCUGGACGACGAAGAUCGCAUCCGGUGCUUGCAGCUGAACGAUCAGCAGAUGUCCGACGUGGCCCGGUUUCUGCAAUCGCUAUCCGAACAUCGAAAUGA